ACUUCGCGGCUUAUUGACGUUGCAAUCAUUCACAAGCACCUUGGAAUACAGGUUGAUUGCAAGAAGCAGAAUGACCAACGUGUUGAUGCAACUGGCAACACGAAGAUGGCUGAAAAACGCCUGCCGCUACCAAGUAAAAAAAAUCCGAUUGAGGCACCCAACGGUACCUCCGAAAUGGUUUUCAACGAACCCAAUAAUAGUGAUCACGACAAAAGAGUUCCUAAUGGAGAAGGUGAAUUGCAGUGGGAAAGUGGGAACUUAAACAAAUCAAUGAAAUUCUGGCAGGUUUAUUGUCAUCUCUUCCGAGCCUAA